AUGAGCAUAAAAAGAAGUAACAGUUAUUCUGACGUAACUGGUAAUGCAACAUUACAGUGCUUGGCUAGUGGCAUUAACUAUCCUAUUGGAGAGACUGAGUUUGUUAUUGGACGUUCUCUUGCCUGUUCACUUGUAAUUGAAGAAAAAUCUAUUUCAAGACAACAUUGUUUUAUAAAUAAAUCAAAUGGUCUAUAUUUUAUUUCUCACAAUGGAACAGGUAAUAAAACUUAUGUAAAUUGUGUGCAAAUUUCUAUUGACCAAAAUGAUUUUCAAGUUUUAAAUCAUGGAGAUGUUAUUUCCUUUGCAAAUGGGAGUGGAAAUAUUAAAUAUCUGUACAGAUUUGUUUUACAAACAUGUACAAAUAAAAAAUUGAAACGAAAUAAUGAAGUAAAUGGUGAAGAACAUGAAUCUAGUAAAAGUCAAUCUUAUGUUGACAAUAUUCUGAAAAGUGAAAAAGCAUCAAUGAAGCGUUUUCUAAAUGCUAAAUUAGAUAAAUUUAAUGAAAUAAUUAAUCAAGCAUCAAAAAAAGUUAAAAAAUUGAAAGAAACAGUUCUAAAACAUAAACUCGCUAACAAUGAAUUAACAAAAAAGAAUUUAGAUUACCAAAAUACUUUAAAAAUACAACAAGAUCAAAUAUCAAAAAUUGAAAAAACAAUCAAAGAAAAAGUUUAUAGUGUUCUAGAAAGUGAUUUUCAAUGUUCAAUUUGUAAUGAAUUAAUGGUUAAGGCGUGUACAAUUAAUUGCAGCCAUACAUUUUGUGAAAUUUGUUUAAAUACUUGGUUGAGAGAAAGUAAUUUGUGUCCUCUUUGUCGAACUUCAGUUCAAACUAAAACUCUAUGUCUAUCUAUGGAUAACUAUAUUACUAAUAUUUGUAAUCUUCUUGGGAACGCAAUAAAAGAACACCGGGAAAAAGUACAACAAGAAAAAUUGACAGUUAAUGUCCCACGAGUACCACAAAUGGCUUGGAGAGGUCGUAGAAGAAGAGGUAUACGUCGAAAUACAUAACCUGCACAUGUUCAAUGAGAAAUAAUGCAAAGUUAUGUUUUGAUAAAUACCUGAAUUUUUUCUAAUGUAAUACAUUUUAAACGUUCCAAAAGAAAAAUUACUAUUUACUCUUUUAUAUUUAUAGAAAAAUGAACAAAAUAUAAUUAAAUAAUUAUAAUUAUUCAUGUGAAUUUUGUAAAUAAUUUUAUUUUGUUUUUGUACAACUUAGUUUAAUUAAACUCAUACUACAUUUGUAAUAUUUAAACUAAGAUUAAAUUAAUAAUAAUUUAACUUAUUGUUAAAAAUACAAUAUUUUCUAUAAAUUAUCUCACCUAUUGUAUUUUAAAUUUUAAUUAAAAGAUAUUUGAUACCAAGCAAAAUGAUAGGUACUU